AAGGGGCUUCCCUUCUCCUCCGCGUGAAAGCCGAAGCAGACGGGGCGAGUCGGAAGAGGUGGCCGAGGGGGAAAGUUGAGGUCGAUCUUGUUCCCCUGCGCUGCAAAUUAUUCGGCGCCAUGUUGGUUGGGUUACCGUGGAUUUGGUCGAGAGCUCGAUCAGAUCAAGCUCUGAGGAUUCCGGAAGCUGUGGGGAUCUCAUGCGGCGAUUGAUCCGCUCCACUCGAAUUCGUACCCAAAUUCCUCUGUUGCUCCGAAAUCGCCUCUGUUCGUUCCGAAUUCGAGCAAGUGGGAAUCUCGCCGUCGAGCUCCUCGGCCGUGAAUCUCCUUGAUUUUGAUUCUUGGCUCUUGUUCUUCUUUUGAAUUGAUCUUCGACGGCUGAGGUUUUGUGGCCAAAUUGCUGCCGGAUAUAAUCCGUAUAUUGAUCUAUUAGGGUUUUGAACAGUGACCGUGUAGGUGAGAUGUAUGGAUAAUGAGAGAUGGAUCUCGAGUACAAAGGACAUCGUUUAGAGUCUCAAAUCUGAAUCUUUGGUUCGUGGUUCUGAAUUCUUCAUCAGCUAGGUAUUGGUUCUUAAUCUGGAAGCAGGGUUCUUCUGUCACGAUUAAUACAUCAGGAAUUCAUUUUUGUGGGCCAAAGGCUAAACUUCUGGGUUCAAUUCUGAUCCAGUGCUAAUCGGUUGGUGAAACAUUUCAAUCGUUGUCGGGAUAGCUGCAAAUGAAAAAAUCAGAAUGAAAGGGCUUGGGAGGGUCUGUCGUCUAUGGAAACCCCUGACGAGAGGUUCCCUGAUUUAGUCAGCAUAGUGAAAUCCUGGAUUCCUUGGAGGGCUGAUCCAGCUUGCAUUUCGAGGGCCUUUUGGAUGCCUGAUGAUAGUUGUAUGGUCUGUUAUGAAUGUGACUCACAGUUCACGAUCCUCAAUCGGAGACACCAUUGUCGUAAGUGUGGCCGUGUUUUCUGUGCUAAAUGCACCUCAAAUUUUGUCCCUGCUAAUUUCUAUGACAUUGAGAAUUUCCGAGGAGAGUUGAUUAGGGUGUGUAGUUUUUGCUUCAAGCAGUCGGAGGACGUAGCAGCCUCAAGGGAUGAAGUUCAACCUUCAGGCCCGAUACUUAGUCCUUCCCUUUCAACUACAAGUUUGGCUAGUACCAAGUCCAGUGGUACUGCUAAUAGCAGUACAUCAUCAGCAGUUUCUUUCACAUAUUCAAGUGGAGCUUACCAGCAAGCCCCUCAUGGUCCUGUCUGUUGCCCCAGUCAGUCUAUUCAGUUGGAAAUCUACUCUGACAAACAAGACAUGUUGAUAUCAGAGACUACCAUGAAUUCUUUGGUGGAUAAAGGCGAUCAUUCUCCAGCUCAUUUCAGGUUCUUGAACAGGAGUGAUGAUGAUGAUGAUGACUAUGGAGCAUGUCACUGGGAUUCAGAAGAACAAAAAUUCCACAACUCUGAUGAAUUUUAUGGUCCAGCUGGUUUCGAUGAAUCUGAGCAGAGUUAUCGAUCAAAUAAAAUUCAUCCUGCCGAAGUAACUAUUGGAACUCAGGAUAUUGGCUUGCCAUUGACUCACAGCUGUGAAUUCCAUUCUUCGUUAGGUGUUGAUCAGGGGGAAGAACAAGGUUUUUUCAAUAAUGUUGAAUGUGGUUCUUCCUCCAUAUAUGGUGUGGAUAGCACUGAUGCAGAGCCUAUGGACUUCGAGAACAAUCAACAACUUUGGCUCCCUCCUGAGCCUGAAGAUGAAGAAGAUGAGAGAGAAGCUGUUCUAUUUGAUGAUGAUGAUGAAGAAGAUGCUACAGGAGAAUGGCAUUAUCCAUGUUCAUCAAAUAGCUUUAGUAGUAGUGGGCACGGAAGCAGAGAUCGAUCUAGUGAGGAACAUAAGAGAGCCAUGAAAAGUGUUGUUGAUGGGCAUUUUAGGGCUUUGGUAUCUCAACUACUUCAAGUUGAAAAUAUAUCCAUCUGUGAAGAAGAUGGUAAGGAGAAUUGGCUGGAUAUAAUAACUUCUUUGUCGUGGGAAGCAGCAACACUUCUUAAGCCAGACACUAGCAGCGGAGGAGGAAUGGACCCUGGAUUAUAUGUGAAAGUUAAGUGCCUAGCUUGUGGGCAUCUCAGUGAUAGCAUGGUGGUGAAAGGAGUUGUGUGCAAGAAGAACGUGGCUCAUCGUCGUAUGUUGUCGAAGAUUGAGAAGCCCCGCUUCCUAAUCCUUGGUGGAGCUCUUGAGUAUCAGCGUGUGACAAAUUUGCUUUCAAGUAUUGAUACAUUGUUACAGCAGGAAAUGGAUCACCUAAAGAUGGCAAUUGCAAAGAUAGAUGCUCAUCACCCCAAUGUCCUUUUGGUGGAGAAAUCAGUUUCUCGAUUUGCUCAAGAUUAUCUUCUUGCUAAAAACAUUUCACUUGUCUUGAAUAUUAAAAGGCCACUCUUAGAGCGUAUCGCACGCUGUACUGGUGCUCAGAUAGUCCCUUCAAUUGACCACCUUUCGUCUCCUAAACUGGGUCAUUGUGACUUGUUUCAUGUGGAGAAGUUUCUCGAAGAGCAUGGCACUGCUGGACAGGAAGGAAAGAAACUCCUAAAGACGUUGAUGUUUUUUGAGGGAUGUCCAAAGCCCUUGGGCUGUACCAUUCUGCUUAAGGGUUCCAAUGGUGAUGAACUAAAGAAAGUCAAACAUGUUAUCCAAUACGGAGUGUUUGCAGCAUAUCAUUUGGCAUUGGAAACAUCUUUUCUUGCAGAUGAAGGGGCUUCUCUUCCAGAACUUCCUUUGAAGUCUCCAAUCACUGUUGCACUGCCAGAUAAACCCUCAACCAUUAACAGAUCUAUAUCUACAGUACCUGGUUUCACAAUCUCUACUGCUGAAAAUCCACAACCUAGUAAUGCUGCACAAAUAUCCAGUAAAUCAGAUUCUAGCAAAGAACUUGGCAACUUUGGAAAAUCUGGAUUAGUGGCAUCACCAUUUUGUUCUGAAAAUCAUACUUCUCAUGCUUUCAAGUUUCUCUCUACCUCUGUUACUGCAUCUGUUGAUACGCAUGAUCUGCCUGUUGACAAAAAUAAUCAAAUUAAACGUACUGAUGAACAGCAAAGUAUGGCUCCAUUCAAUUCUUUGUCUCAUUCAGCAACAACUCCAAACUCCUUUUUUUGUGAUUCUUCAUGUUAUACUAGAGAUGGCAAUAAAGCAAAGGCUGAGAUUGGAUAUAUGGAAAAUGAUAAUAAAACAAUUCUCCAUUGUCCAGUGCCAACGUCCAACUAUCUUGAUAGUCCAGAAACUUUUGUGAGUGGUAAAAAUAUGGCUUGUGAUAUGCAAACAGAAGACACCAAAAUGAUAGAAAUGCAACAUGGUUUUUCAGGUUUAGGGACCUCAGAUCAACAUAAUUCUAGGAAUGAUCACAUGUUUCCAAAGGAAGAAUUCCCACCAUCACCUUCAGAUCAUCAGAGCAUUUUGGUUUCACUAUCUUGUCACUGUGUAUGGAAAGGGACUGUAUGUGAGCGUGCACAUCUGUUCCGCAUUAAAUAUUAUGGCAGCUUUGACAAGCCUCUCGGAAGAUACUUACGCGACCAUCUGUUUGAUCAGAGCUAUCGGUGUCGUUCCUGUGAGAUGCCAUCAGAAGCUCAUAUUUAUCGUUAUACUCAUCACCAAGGCAGCCUGACGAUAUCUGUGAGGAAGCUUCAGGAAUUUCUUUUGCCUGGAGAACGUGAUGGCAAGAUAUGGAUGUGGCACAGGUGCCUACGCUGUCCUCGAGUCAAUGGGCUACCUCCUGCAACUCGAAGAGUUGUAAUGUCUGAUGCUGCCUGGGGUUUGUCUUUUGGUAAAUUUUUGGAGCUUAGCUUUUCAAAUCAUGCUGCUGCAAGUAGAGUAGCCAGCUGUGGUCACUCUCUUCACAGGGAUUGUCUACGUUUCUAUGGAUAUGGGGAAAUGGUUGCAUGCUUCAAGUAUGCAUCAAUUAAUGUACACUCUGUCUACCUGCCACCUCCAAAGCUGGAAUUUAACUUCCAGCAUCAGAAAUGGGUACAAGAAGAAGCAAAUAAAGUGGUUAAAACCGCAAAUGAUCUCUUCAUUGCAGUACGUAAGUCAUUGCGCCAAGUUGAAGAGAAAGUAUUGAAUACUGGUUCUCAUGAUGGUAACAUGGAAGUCCUUGAAUCGAGAAGACGCUUAAUUGAACUUGAAGGAAUUCUUCAGAAAGAGCAGGCAGAGUUUGAGGAAUCUAAACAGACAGUAAUGAAAAAGGAUGCAAAGAUGGGGCAGCCAUUCAUUGAUAUUCUUGAUGUCAAUAGGCUACAAAAACAAUUGUUGUUGCAGUCCUAUGUAUGGGAUAAACGGCUAAAAUUUGCUGCGGGUUCAUUUAGUAACCCUCAUGAACUGCUUAAUGGUCUCAUGACCAGAAAUAAGGAGGAUUUAACUCUCAGGGCACAGAGGAGCUUCAUGAGUUCUGAUGUUCUGGUUUCUGCAGUUGCUGAACCCCUUAAUGGGAGUGGAACUAGGAAUGAACAUGACCAAUAUAAGCAAUCUACUACAAAUCAACAAAGAUUAGAUCUGGAACAGGACAAGAACACCAAACUUCUUUCUACUAGCACAAGUGUAAGCGAUCAGUUUGAUCCUCCAGAAUGUGGUCUUGAUGUCCGUAGGGUUCUCUCUGAUGGGCAGUUCCCAGUUAUGGCUGAUCUCUCAGACACCUUGGAUGCAAAGUGGAGAGGUGAAAAUGGUUCUGCAUUAGUUGAUGGAAGCAAAUUGAAAUCAUUAACCUCAGUUGAAGAAGCACCUGCAAAUUCAUCUUCUGAAAAUCUUGAAGAAAGCAUUUGUACUGAUAUGAUGCCAGCAAGAUCGGGAGAGAGUGCGAAAGCCAUUUCAAUUUUGACAAAAACAUCAUUUUCAGAUCUCUAUGCUUUUCUUAACAAGAAUUGUGACAGUGCCCUAAGUGAGUACCAUCCUGAAUAUAUUUCUUUGUUUAAGGAGUUAAUGCAGCAAGGUUGGGCAAGGCUGCUUCUUCCCCUUGGGGUGAAUGAUACUGUCAUUCCAGUUUAUGAUGAUGAACCGACCAGUGCUAUAUCUUAUGCUCUUGUUUGUCCUGAUUAUCACUUUCAGAUAACUGAUGAGUUUGAGAAGUCCAAAGAUGGUAGGGAACCCUCAAUUUCCUUGAUGAUCCAGGAAUCUGGAAACUCUCAAUCAUUUCAAUCAGUUGAGGACAUUCCAUUUGAAAGCUUCAGAAGUUUUGGGUCAGUUGAUGACAGCACCUCAUCCACCUCUGGUAGCAAGAGCUCGGUGAUAUUAGAUCCACUUGCAUCUACUAAAUCAUUGCAUGUCAGAGUUUCUUUUGCUGUGGAUGGGCCUCAUGGGAAAGUAAGAUAUUCUGUAACAUGUUACUAUGCAAAAUAUUUUGAUGCUUUAAGGAGAACUUGCUGUCCGUCUGAACUUGAUUUUAUAAGGUCUCUUAGUCGAUGUAAAAAAUGGGGAGCACAGGGUGGGAAGAGCAAUGUCUUCUUUGCGAAGUCACUGGAUGAUAGGUUCAUCAUAAAGCAGGUUACCAAGACAGAGCUAGAAUCAUUUAUCAAAUUUGCCCCCGAGUAUUUCAAGUAUCUGUUGGAGUCGAAAAGUACAUCGAGUCCAACAUGCUUGGCAAAGAUUCUCGGCAUCUACCAGGUUGCAGUUAAAAAUCUGAAGGGUGGAAAAGAGUCCAGGAUGGAUGUACUAGUUAUGGAGAAUCUUUUAUUUGGACGGUCUGUGAAAUGGUUGUAUGACCUUAAAGGAUCUUCAAGGUCACGGUAUAAUGCAGAUAUAAGUGGUAACAAUAAGGUACUUCUUGAUCAAAAUUUGAUUGAGGCAAUGCGUACCUCUCCAAUUUUUGUUGGAAACAAAGCAAAGAGACUCCUGGAAAGAGCUGUAUGGAAUGACACUGCAUUUCUUGCGUCCAUUGAUGUGAUGGAUUACUCUUUACUUGUGGGGGUGGACGAGAACAAGCGAGAGCUGGUUGUCGGGAUCAUUGAUUUUAUGAGACAGUAUACUUGGGACAAGCACCUGGAGACAUGGGUAAAAGCUUCUGGAAUUUUCGGAGGGCCAAAAGAUGCACCUCCUACUGUGAUUUCACCCGAUCAAUACAAGAAACGUUUCCGAAAAGCAAUGUCAGCAUAUUUCCUUGUGGUUCCAGAUCAGUGAUCACCUACUGCCAUCAUCCCUAGCAACUCGCGGACCGACCUUGGCCAAGAUAAUCUGCUAGGUGCGUCGCUAAAUUCGCAACAGGAAGUUCCUGCAAAUUUUAUGGUGUGUAAUGGAUGAUUGCCCGCAUUUUUGGGUUCCAUCAAUCCUCUCCUUUUUAUCUCUUGUAGUAUUUCUAGAUGACAAUCUGAUUUGUUGGUUUUUUUUGCCACUUGACAUUUAUUUGUAAUAGAUGUGAAACAAAGUCUUAUAUGCCAAAUACUUUGGUUGUAUGAA